GUCCCGCCGCGGUGCACGCUGGGCGGCGUGUGGGCGGGAAGCCGGAGCGCCGCGCUGCCGGCAUGGGGCCGCCGCGGCUGGUGCUGCUGCUGAGUUGCCUGGCGCCGCUCCUGCCGUCGCCCGGCGCCGCCGAAUUCAGCCCGUCCCUGGAUAGCGACUUCACCUUCACGCUGCCGGCCGGCCGCAAGGAGUGCUUCUACCAGCCCAUGCGCAAGGAGGCCUCGCUGGAGCUCGAGUACCAGGUUCUAGAUGGAGCAGGAUUAGAUGUUGAUUUUCAUCUACUUUCUCCAAAAGGUGAAACUUUAGUUUUUGAUGAAAGAAAAUCAGAUGGAGUUCAUACGGUGGAGACAGAAGAGGGGGAUUACAUGUUCUGCUUUGACAAUACGUUCAGUACCAUUUCUGAAAAGGUGAUUUUCUUUGAACUGAUCCUGGACAAUAUGGGGGAAGAAGGACAAGAUCAAGAGGACUGGAAGAAGUAUGUUACAGGCACAGAUCUUCUAGAUAUGAAACUGGAAGACAUUCUGGAAUCCAUCAACAGUGUCAAAGCCAGAUUAAGCAAAAGUGUCCAGAUCCAGACCCUGCUCAGAGCAUUUGAAGCUCGUGACCGAAAUAUACAAGAAAGCAACUUUGACAGAGUGAAUUUCUGGUCCAUGGUCAACUUGGGAGUAAUGGUGGUGGUAUCAGCUGUUCAGGUUUACAUGUUGAAAAGUCUCUUUGAAGAUAAGAGGAAAAGUAGAACUUAACAUUCAGUACAAUUUUAACAGUGUAACGUGGUGGGGAGGGAGGGCAAGAAACUGCUCAAUGUAAGAAAAAAAAAACAAGAGAAACCUCUUAGAGUCCUUUGAACAGGCAGUAGCCACAUCAGGUUUUCAAUUCUUAUGUUUUUUAAGAUUAACAGAAUGCCUUGUCCCAAGUUCUUCCAUUUUUUUUUGCAGCUGCUAUUAAUUUUUUUUUUACGCUUAUAGCAUUUGUUAAUGACUGAUACUGACAAGCUUAUGAACAGUGCACAGGAUGCUUGGUACAUAUGCAAAGUAUUGUUAGCAUUGUUAUUUUUUCACGUUCACAUAAAAUUUUAAAUGAUAACUUUAGAUAUGGGUUUGUUUGCUGGUUAACAUCAAGCAAAUUUACACACGUGCCUAGAAAUUUACAGGAUUGGGGCCCAUAAGAGUAGUCUGGUGACAGUCAUUAUUUUCAAAGUUACAAGUCUUAAAAAAUCCUAAGCUUGUAGGGUGCAGCGUCACAGAGAAACACUGGGCUAAGAUUGGGAGAACAAAAUGAGAUUUUAUUAUUUUUAUAUAGAGAUGAUUAACAUCAGCACUUUAAAAGGAGCACCGUCAACGUGAAGUGAAUCGAUGUUGAAGGGAACAGGAGAAAAUAAGUGUGAUCUCUGUUGAAAAAGUCUUUUGUAGUUGUACAGCCCUAUUUCUUUUGUGUCUGUUACAUGAGAUUCAAGAGACAACUAUAUGGUAUACAGAUAAGAGCACACACACGUGGAAGUGUGGGUUAUGAACUUCUACAUAAUUGUAAGCUCGUGUAAUAGUAUUUUUUUCAAGUAGUCACUUGAUGUUAUUUCUUUUCCCUUUAGUAAAGGGAAAGGGCUCAUGGUAUGUGAAAACAUUAACUUUUUUAGUCUCAAAACCCCUUUUAUUUGCCAAUUUUUUUUUUGUCUACUACAUGUCUAUGGCUAAUUCAGCAGUUAAUCAAGUGACUUAAAUAGGCCAAAAACCAAAGCUGUUCAAUUAAGCUCUCUCUUACAUGCAUGAGUACACUCAAUCAAAUAAGUACUGUUUGUAUAUCCAGCUGUUUAUAUAAAUAAGACAUUAAGUGAGCAAUAAAUACAGGAUUCAAAUUUCUAAUGACCUUGUUUUCAGAUAAAACUGUUUUUAACAGUGUAGUAAGAUUAUGAAGUAUUUUUGCAAAAAAAAAACCCUGGUAUGUGACAGUUAACUAGUUUUAAAUAGAGUUCAAACUUACUCAUUUUUACAGUGUGCCAAGUCACUGAAUUCCUGUAUAAAUGUGUUAAACUGUAUUUUAUCAGAAAAGUGUUUCAAAGACAGCAUAUGUAUUAGCAUUGUGCCUGUUCUUGGUUCUGGGUAUGAACAGUAGGACUGCAACUUUGAAACUGCCUGUGAGUAAAAGUAAUUUAAUGGAGAAAAGACAGGAUCGCUUGACAAAUCAAGAAACACUUGCUUCAGAUGAAGCAGAUGCUAGUAAGGGCUACAGUACAUAGAAACACCACUUCAACUUUAGAUAGUGGGACCUAGCAAUAAUAUCUCUAAGUAAUUUGUAUAACCAGAAGUAUUAUUCCAUCCAGAACUUGUUAGAGAACUCCAAAGGCCGUUGAGCUACCUUUUCCUUUGCUAAAGCUGUGUCCAAACUAAGAGUGUUUCUCUUUAUGUUCUGCAUAUCUUCUCUGUCCCCAUGAUGCCAUGAAUUAGAAAGUUUAUUCCUGCGAUCAAAAUGAAGUCUAAGAGAAGUUAAUUCUUUCUGCUGAAGUAGUGAAUAGUAUUGUACUGCCAUGCCCCUGUGGAUCUCUUACCACCAAUACAUAGGUGUAGCUGCAUUAGGACGUAAGCCAAAGCUCACUGGAGUCAACUUCCAAGCUCUUGAUCAGGUCCCAUCAGGGCAAGGGAAUCAAGAUUCUUAGGCGUCUGUCCCUUUUGCUAAAAGAAUCUUCACUUGCAUCACAGCAUGAUGCUACAAACCACCUACAAAAUGCUGAACCAGCUCUGUGAAGCUCUAACCAAGACAUCUACCUCUUACAUCAAAGCUACUGGAUUCCAGCUUUCAGCUUAGACCUCCAACAGAUAAGCUCUGCCACAUUUUACAAAGGCACCUCAAUGGAUUAGGUUCCCCAGCAGCUCUGCUGUGCCUCUCUGAUAGAGGUUAUAUAUCCAUUAGCAAAACAGGCCCUGUGUUGGCACAUCAUUUAUCUUUGUUCAGUCUGGUUUAUUGCCUUGAGCUGCUCGUGAAUGAAGAUAGCUCUGAUAAGGCAAAACUGAACUUCAACAGUUUCUCUUAAUAUAGAUAACAGUCUCUGCAAGAAGGAAAAUACAAUUGUCAGCUGAGUUGAUAUUAUUUUGUAACUAAGAAAGAGCUUGCUGUAUUUUUCUCCCUAUUCAAGGCUUGCUGUAGAAAACUAUACAGCAAAAAGCUGUAACUGCUUUGAUAGUGGCAGCUGGAAUAUGUGUAUUAUAGAUGAAGGAUCUGGCGUUUAAACUUGUCAUUGAGUAACAUUUCAUUUGGAUUUUGAAAAGUAGAUUGCUUUUGACUGUAUAAAAUUUAGAAAGGACAUGUAUCUAUAAUUUUUCUUAAUGGUAUUUGUAUUCAGAAUUAAACAUUUUAAGACUUGUGGAUGUUGAAUAAAAUUAUGCAAACCCCUGAGAUUUUCAAUAAAUGACAUUUAAACCUG